AUGGAAAAUUUUGAUGUUUUAAUUUCAGUUUCUCGGAGAAGCUGUUUGGAGGUGCCGGUUGCCGGUCCUUUGAUUAACUUUUUACAAGAAUUAGGUUUCGAACAAGACUUCACUUACGUCGCCGAGGGUCACAUGUUUGUACGUGGACGUGUCAAGGCUCUGGUCUAUACUAUCAAUGAAGUGGUGCAAUUCCACAGUCCCAGUAAUGCAGAUCCCACUGCGUGUGUGGAUUUCAGUGGCAUGGUAAGCUUAAACUUUGGUGGUAUUGGUGGUCAUCAAGUAAUGCAAGCACUUGUAAGCUUUGUCUUAUCGGAACCCUAG